GCGGGUCUGGCGAAUUUUUCUCUCUCCUCCGUUUGGAUUACCGGCUCGGCUCCGUGUGGCGUUGCUUUUUCUUCCUCCCUCCCCGAGGCCACCGUGAGGUGACCAAGCUCAGCAGCCAGUAUGGGGAAAAGGCAGCACCAGAAGGACAAGAUGUACAUAACUUGUGCAGAAUACACACAUUUUUAUGGAGGAAAGAAAGCAGAAAUUCCACAGUCCAACUUCAGACGUCUGCCUUUUGAUCACUGCAGCUUAUCUUUGCAGCCAUUUGAAUAUCCUGUAUGCACACUAGAAGGCACCAUCUUCGACUUGCUGAAUAUCGUUCCCUGGAUAAAGAAAUAUGGGACAAAUCCAAGCACAGGGGAGAAGCUGGAGGCCAAAUCUCUCAUCAAACUGAACUUUGCUAAAAACAGCAAUGGUAAAUACCACUGCCCGGUUCUCUUCACUGUGUUCACCAAUAAUUCUCACAUAGUGGCUAUCAAGACAACUGGAAACGUGUUUGCUUAUGAGGCAGUUGAACAGCUGAACAUAAAAACAAAAACCUACAAAGAUCUCUUAAGUGACGAGCCCUUUACUAGGCAAGAUAUUAUCACGCUACAGGAUCCAACCAAUUUGGACAAAUUUAAUGUCUCCGGCUUUUUCCAUGUGAAGAACAACUUGAAAGUGACCGAUCCAGAUGAUGAAAAAGCAAGGUCAGACCCGUCCUACUACCUGAAAAAUGCAAAUGUCGAGACGCGGGAGACGCUGUCGGAACUUUACAAAGAAUUCAAAGGGGAUGAAGUUUUGGCUGCAACAAUGAGGGGUCCAGAGAAGAAGAAAGUCGAUAAGCUGAAUGCGGCUCACUAUUCCACAGGCAGAGUGAGUGCCUCGUUCACGUCCACCGCCAUGGCACCUGAAACGAUGCACGAAGCAGCUGCCAUUGAUGACGACGUGGUGCGAUACCAGUACUUGAAGAAGAAGAAGGGCUACGUGCGGCUUCACACCAACAAAGGGGAUCUCAACCUGGAGUUGCACUGCGACAUGACCCCGAAAACCUGUGAAAACUUCAUUAAACUGUGCAAGAAAAAUUACUACGAUGGGACUAUUUUUCACAGAUCAAUUCGUAAUUUUGUGAUCCAAGGAGGGGAUCCAACGGGAACAGGAACAGGGGGAGAGUCAUAUUGGGGGAAGCCUUUCAAAGAUGAGUUCAAGCCCAACCUGUCCCACACAGGGCGUGGCGUCCUCAGCAUGGCUAAUACCGGACCCAACAACAACAAGUCCCAGUUCUUCAUCACAUUCCGAUCCUGUGCAUACCUGGACAAGAAGCACACAGUGUUUGGAAGAGUGGUCGGUGGCUUCGAAACGCUGACAGCAAUGGAGAACGUGGAAAGUGAUCCCAAAACGGACCGUCCCAAGGAAGAAAUAAAAAUCACGUCGACAACUGUUUUCGUUGAUCCAUACGAAGAAGCAGAUGCUCAGGUUGCCAAAGAGAGAGAGAAGGCCCAGCAAGAAGAGGAGGCAGCCAAGGAGAAGACCAAAGUCGUCGUCCCAAAGAAGGAGCAGCACAUUCCGAAGACGUACCGGGAGGGUGUCGGGAAGUACAUCAACAUAGCUGCAGCGAAGCGAGUGGCUGAAGAUGAUGGGCCGUCCACCAGCACAGCUGCAAAGAAAGAGAAGAAGAGCACAGGCUUUGGGGACUUCAGCUCCUGGUAGGAACCAAAAACCCAACUGUAACCAAGCCUAGACUCUGGACGGAGAAAGCCUGAGUUGUACAUCUCUCCUGCAGUAGGCAAAGAAACCCAAACCCAACCAGUUCAAGACAAUUUCCUAACAUGGUUUAAGUCAGAUUUCCUUGGCCUCUCUUUCUCUUUCUCUCUCGAGCCCUUCUCAGGAAGAACUGCUUUGCUUUUUCAGUUUGCUGCUGGGCUCCCUAAUUCAAGGAGGAUGCUUAAUGCGUUGUUGCUCAGCAGAUUUAUCAGCAGAACACGAGAGGAUGCUAAAAACAGAUGAAUGAGCGAGGUUCUAUUCCCAGCUUAAAUGGGUAAUUGCCAGAUUUCAG